UUUCUUCUCUUGUUAAUUUGUUUAGAUAUAGAGAGAGAGAGAGAGAUAAAAGAGAAUGGAGCAGAGAGAAGAUUUGAAGUCAAUAAUAUCAUAUUUACCGGUGGUCCUCCGUUCAUCAACGCUAUUCUGGCCAUCUGCAGUUGUCGAAGCUUUUAAAGCACUUUCCAAAGGUCCACAACACAGCAAUGUCGAUUCCGGCCAGCUCUUAUUUCUCGCCAUUUCUGAUAUCCGUAACUCGCUCUCCGAUCACACUCCUCUCGCUUCCUCCGCCGCUGACGGUUUUUCUUUAUUCUUCGAUGACCUGAUAUCACGUGCCGAGGCGAAUAAAUGGUUUGGAGAGAUACUUCCAGCUCUUGCAGAUGUUCUGUUGCGGUUUCCAUCCUUGCUAGAAGCUCAUUAUAAUAGUUCGGACUCUGUUAAUUGUUUGGGUUCUAGGGAUGGACUUAAAACCAGUCUUCGCUUGUUGAAGUCGCAAGAACCUGGCAUAGUUUUACUCAGUCAGGAACUGAUCGGUGCUCUUCUUGCAUGCUCUUUCUUUUGUCUGUUCCCAAACAGUUCUAGAGGUGCCAACGAUCUUCAAGUGAUCAACUUUGAUCAUUUAUUUUCGAGCCUAUACGACAACUACAAUGAAAAACAGGAGAACAAAAUAAAAUGCAUCAUCCAUUAUUUUGAGAGAAUUUCUUCAAGUAUGCCGGCUGGUAAUGUCUCGUUUGAGAGGAAAGUGCUUGCAGUUGAUCAAACUCUUGAUUACAUUCCCUCCCCGGAGGCGGAAGCAUGGAGUAAAUCUGUGGUCUCCCUGUGUCAAUUUGAGGUCUGCAGUUCUGGACUAAUAGAAGAUCAUUCCACGGAAGCUCUUGAAGUAGAUUUUGCAAAUAAGUACUUUGGAGGUGGUGCUCUAUCUAGAGGCUGUGUUCAGGAAGAGAUACGGUUCAUGAUCAAUCCAGAAUUAAUAGCCGGAAUGCUUUUCUUGCCUUGUAUGGCAGAUAAUGAAGCUAUUGAAGUCGUUGGUGCUGAACGAUUUUCUAAAUAUACAGGUUACGCUUCUUCUUUUCGGUUCUGUGGUGACUUCUUGGAUAAAAAAGAUACUGAUAUCAUGGGAAGACGAAAAACUAGGAUAAUUGCAAUCGACGCUUUAGUGAAUCCUGGAAAGAGACAAUUUUUACAUGAAUUUCUUGUUAGGGAGGCGAACAAGGCAUUCUGUGGCUUUUCUGACCCUUGCAAGUCUCAAAGUUAUCAGAAAUUAUUUAAAGAUGAUCACCUUUUAGAAGUUCAGCUUGAUCAAGGUUAUAAAUGUGUGGAUGGAAACUCAGAUAAUGUUUUGUUUGUAGGUUCUCAAGAUGAAGUAGGUAUUGUUACUGGGAAUUGGGGUUGUGGUGCAUUUGGGGGAGACCCUGAACUUAAGGCCAUGAUACAAUGGCUUGCUGCUUCGCAGGCAUUAAGACCUUUCGUCGUUUAUUACACAUUUGGCUUGGAGGCAUUACAGACACUAGACCAGGUAGCAAGGUGGAUUACUUCCCACAGAUGGAGUGUCGGUGACCUUUGGAAUAUGGUGGUAGAAUACUCAUCACAAAGAUCAAAAAGAGAAACCCGAGUUGGCUUCUUCAAUUGGCUUCUUCCAUUAUUACCUUCCGAUGACCCAAUGAUAUUGGAUCCCUGAACAUUUCAGUAGUAUUUGUUUGAGUAGUUGAAUUUAUCCAGUAACUACACUAUCCACUGCAGCACUUGUUCCGUUAAAAUGUGUUUGUCUGGAAGUUCUCAUUGCAUAUAAGUGAAUAUAAUUAUGUGAACCUCUAGUUAGCAAGGAAUCUAUACACCGUGGUAUUAUUGGAUUCUAUAGAUGAUACGUAUUUUUUAAGCUUUCUGGUUAAGGAAGCAUGCUACAUAGUACAUGCUACUUGUAUCGAAGGAGACUUGACUUGUACAAGAUGGCUGACUUUACAUUGUUUUCUCCUUACAGGAAGCAAAAUCAGCAGUAUGUUUAAUUUGUAUAAAUUGGCAGAA